ACAUUAACAACAGAACAAGCCAUGUGACGUUGUUGUUGCUUAUACUCCGUUAAUGACAAGACAACUAAAAAAAAAAAAAAAAAACGAGAAGGAGAAGAAGGGCUUUGUUGAUUUCAACGAAGCCCUGAGAGUGAAGAAGAGAAGUUCAUGAUGGAUGGGUUUGUUUUCCUUUUAUUGGUGUUGGUAGCGAUACACUUCCGUUCUGAUCAACAGUUCUCUGAUGCAGCUAAUGACCAUGGACUAAACCCCAAACCUUUUUACAAACUGGAUGCCUCCUGGCCAAACGUUCCAGAACUCUUCACCGGCCAAGUGUUUGCUGUUGCUGUUAACCCUGUGAACGGUGUCGUUUAUGUUGCCCAAAGAGGGGAUAACGUGCCAAAGGUUCUCGUGUUUACCAGAGAGGGAUAUUUUCUUCAGGCCUGGAAUACUUCAACAAUUGAAAUGCCUCAUGGUAUAUUUAUAGCCAAUGCCACCUCUAAUCCAUCUAUAUGGAUCACUGAUGUUGGAAAUGGAAAGUAUGGGCACACCAUCAAGCAGUAUACCCCUUCAGGUGAACUGAUCCAGGUUCUGGGGUCUGCAGGAAAAGCUGGAACAGAUGUGAGCCCACUUGAGUUUGACCAGCCAGCUGAGAUAUUUGUUCAUAGUUCUGGAGAGGUCUACAUUGUUGAUGGAGAUGGAGGAUUAAACAACAGGCUUAUUAAGCUGUCAAAAGAUUUAGAAGUGGUCUGGAUGCACGGAGAAAAGGGAACAGGCCCAGCUCAGUUCUACAUCCCUCACAGUGUUGCUGUGGAUUCGUUUGAAAGAGUGUGGGUUGCUGACAGAGGAAACAAAAGAAUCCAGGCUUUUAAUGCUGUCACUGGGGAUUGGCUGGGAUCCUGGAGUAGCUGCUUCUUUGACAGUGCUCCAUAUUCUGUCAGGCUGACACCAGACCAGAAAUAUUUCAUUGUUGCCCAGUUGAACAGCAAUCAAAUAUCUAUCUUGGAAGCACCACCAGUGGGAGCUAUCGGGUUCUGUAAGAUAGUAAGUGUUAUCCAGCUGGGUGAAGACGUCAAACCUCACCUUGUUGAAUUGGACCUGAAGAAUGGAGAUCUUUAUGUGGCUGAAAUCGGGGCACAGCAAGCACAGAAAUUUAUACCAAUCUAUACAUAAAUCCAGUCUUUUUCUUUGGUCUUUUUGUCAUGAUUGCAAGCAAAACAAUUUACUGUUUUGAAGGGUAAUUGAACUUUGUAACUUUCAUACUGUUUCAUGAAAUUUGGCCCAAAAUAAAAAUUUAUAAACUUCUAAAUCAAUAAUUGAAUUAAAACUUCAAUAAGUAGGAAAUCAAAGAUGCUUAUUAGGAAACAGAACAAGAAAUUGUAUUCAUAAUUUAUUUUGUAGAAUAUGUAAGGGAAAAGGUUAGGUAUAUAUUGAUGGUGUUUUUUUUUUCUUUCUGUUGCACAGUUUAAUCUUGUGUUAUCUAUAUUUUGGGAUUGGUUAGGUGGUAAAAAUAUGAUAUGAAGUCACCUAAAAUACAACUGCAGGAAUAGCAGUCUCACAAAAAAGAAAUACACCGACACUCACAUUCAUACACUGCAGCUAAAGGGAAAGUUAUAUAUUGGUCUCUCUCAAAAAGCUUGAGAAAUGGACACUGCAUGUAUUACAGUAGGCAUAGGAAGCUACACCAUUGUUGGUUGUGGUUUUUCAUAUGAAUUAUAUCUCGUCGUUUUACCUCACUAGUUUUAAACUCUCAACUGUGCCAGACUUGUGUAACUAAAAAUAUGCUGUAUACCAUGUCCUUGUGCCAUAUAAACUUCACUGAAAUGUAUUUGUUUCACAUUUUAUCUUCCCUCAUAAAACAUUGAAAAAAAUGUAUAAACCCAGAGCCUGAAUGCAUCACCACACAAAACAACUGCAUGUUUCCAUAAUAGUAAUGAAUUCCACUAGAUACAUUGAACUAAAUAUAUAGCAAUACUUAUUGAUGAUAAAAAGUACACAAUAGUAUAAAAUGAACGGAUAGAGUAGAGUAUACAUAAUGGACUAAACCCUUUGGAAGGUAAGCUUGUUCAAUACAUUUGGUGUGGCCCUCCUAAAAUACAGUUAUAGUAACGUCACUACAAAAACAAAUACAAGUACAGACAUAAGACGAGUCAUUGAUGAAAGAACAGAUUUUUCUCAAAAGUCAAUCAAUGUAAUGCACUGGAAUUAAACUAGUCUUAACUGGAAGUGAACAUGUGUAUUUUGUUCACGGCCUGUGCAGCAUUGCUGUGCUUCAAUUAGUGGUAAUUGCCAGUGGAGUUUGCCUCCAAUUUUUCUUAAAAGAAACACAUUCCAUUCCUUAUUAUUUGUGUACUGUAUUAUUAUUAUUAUUAUUAUUAUUAUUAUUAUUAUUAUUAAAUGUUCAGUUUAUUUUGAAAAAUUCAACUCGGGGCUAAUCUGGCUUAAUUACCCCUAAAAUCAGAACCCUCUGUUAAAGAUGAAUCCUAAUGUGUUUUUGUGAGCCGGUGUGAUGUCUCCUAAAAUUAAGUGAUGUAAAUUAGGUUGUAUUUUUUAAUGACUGAAUGAAGACAUUAGUAAUACUGUAUUUGAUUACUGAUUUUUGUUUUUUAUAAAUGUUUUUAUCCUUUGUGUGAAAUCAAAUGCUGUGCAAUAAAAGAUUAAUUUAAUCUUCA